ACGCAUUGGCCUGAGACUGGCAAGCGAAGCGCCUUCGUCGUCCCUGGCAACGGAGUCCGGAAGAACCACAGAGAGGCGGAGUCGAGUGGACAGAGCGGCCGCCCGGCCGGCUCGCGAAACGCCGCCGAGCGCUAGAGAGGCGCGCUGGGCCGAUUGUCACGUGCGCUGCCGCGCGGAGGCGGGACUUCCGGAGGCUCGGUAUUUUCUUUCCGGUUAUCGGCUCCGGCCGGCCCCUCCCCGAUCGGGCCCCGUGCCCCCCACACCCCGCGGCCCCCCGCCGCCGGGCCCCGCCGCCACUAUGAAGAAAUUCUUCCAGGAGAUCAAGGCCGACAUCAAAUUCAAGAGCGCGGGGCCGGGUCAGAAGCUCGCGGAGUCGGGGGCGGAUAAAUCCCCCAAAGAUAAGCCGAGCCAGCCGACCCUCAGGCAGCCCCGCCAGGGCCCCACAGAUGAGGCACAGAUGGCCGCCGCCGCCGCCCUGGCCCGGCUGGAGCAGAAGCAGCCCAAGGUCCGGGGGCCCACCUCCCAGGACUCCAUCCGGAACCAGGUGCGCAAGGAGCUUCUAGCUGAGGCCGCCAUCAGCGCGAACCCGGAAAGCCCAGGCCCCCACGUGGCGUCUGAACCCAAGGAGGAAGGCUCUGACCCUCUGGCAGUGUCUGGGGUCUACUUCACCUGCCCACUCACAGGGGCCAUCCUGAGGAAGGACCAGCGGGAGGCCUGCAUCAAGGAAGCCAUUCUCUCGCACUUUGCCACCGAUCCAGUAGCCGCCUCCAUCAUGAAGAUCCACACGUUCAACAAGGACCGGGACCGGGUGAAGCUGGGCGUGGACACCAUCGCUAAGUACCUGGACAACAUCCACCUGCACCCCGAGGAGGAGAAGUACCGCAAGAUCAAGCUGCAGAACAAAGUGUUCCAGGAGCGCAUUAACUGCUUGGAAGGGACGCACGAGUUUUUUGAGGCCAUCGGCUUCCAGAAGGCCCUGCUCCCGGUCCCCGACCAGGACGGCCAGGAGGAGUUCUACGUGCUGAGCAAGGAGGCCCUGGCGCAGAGCCUGGAGCAGCGCAAGGAGCAGCUGCUGCGCGGGGAGCCGGUGCGCGCCCAGCUGGCCCGGCAGCGCCGCCUCUUCCGGCCGUCGCCGCUGGCCGCGCACUUCCACCUGCCCGGGGACUUCUUCAACCUCACGGCCGAGGAGGUCCGGCGGGAGCAGCGGCUCAGGUCGGAGGCAGUGGAACGGCUGAGCGUGCUGCGCACCAAGGCCAUGCGGGAGAAGGAGGAGCAUCGGGAGAUGCGCAAGUACACGUACACACUGCUGCGCGUGCGCUUCCCGGAUGGCUGCGUGCUCCAGGGGACCUUCUACGCGCGCGAGCGGGUGGCGGCCCUUUUCGGCUUCGUGCGGGAGGCUCUGCAGAGCGACUGGCUGCCCUUUGAGCUGCUGGCGUCAGGCGGCCAGAAGCUAUCGGAGGACGAGAACCUGCCCUUCACCGAGUGUGGGCUGGUGCCCUCGGCCUUGCUGACCUUCUCGUGGGACGCAGCCGUGCUGGAGGACCUCAAGGCAGCGGGGGCGCAGCCGGACCCCGCCAUCCUAAAGCCCGAGCUGCUGUCGACCAUGGAGCAGCUGGCGUGAAUAAACAGGGUUGCCUCCCGCCUUGUGUGUGCGUGCUCCCCGCUGCUGCGCGGGGACCCCGACGGGGCUGGGGCCCCGAUCAGAGAGCUGGGCCUUGGCCCGCAGCAGCUCAGAGCCCAUUAAGUACCUGAAGCCAAGCCGGGGUGAGCGCCCUGUGGGGCGCUGGUCUGUGGCUUGGGGAGCUGGGAAGGGGG